AUGCGCGCUGUGCGGCGGGGAGCCCGAUCUGAUAGGGAGCAGGGGCUGACACUACCCCCGUGUGGGCGGCGGAACGUCCCGAGGAUGACGUGCGGCGUUCUCGAAUCCCGUGUCUCGCUCGCUCGCUCGCCGCCGCCGCCGCCGAAGGAAACGGGAAAAGCAACAAGGAGGCAGGAGCAGGCGCGGCGCCAUGGCGGCCCUGGAGCGGCCCGUGCCCAGUCCCGAGGCGUUCCUGGGCCAGCCCUGGGCCGCCUGGGUGCGGGAGGCCGCCCCCCCGCACGCGCACGGCGCCGCCCCCCCGCACAGUGUAGAUCUGGAAGAGACUGGAAAGGAGGGUGGAAAAAGCAGGGAGGUUAUGAGGCUUAAUAAAGAAGAUAUGCACUUAUUUGGCCAUUAUCCAGCUCAUGAUGAUUUCUAUCUUGUAGUGUGCAAUAUCUGCAAUCAGGUAGUCAAGCCACAGGUUUUCCAGUCACACUGCGAACGAAGACACAGUUCAAUGUGUAAACCUUCCCCUUCUCCAGCUUCUCCAGCCUGUAAUUCCAGGACAUCCCUAGUACAGAUGAAACCGAAAUCCUGUAUCAGCGGCCAUAACCCUGUCAGCAGCAACUCAAAGCCAUUCAAAACGCCCAAAGACAAUCUACUUACCUCCAGUAGCAAACAGCACACAGUCUUUCCUUCAAAAGUGUCACGGGAUAAACCAUGCGUUCCUGUUCCAGUAGUCAGUCUAGAGAAAAUUCCUAACCUAGUGAAGGCAGAUGGUGCCAAUGUUAAAAUGAAUUCUGCAACCACUACCACCAUCACCUCCUCCUCAGCUUCUUCAUCCACCAUACCUGCUCCAACUUUGGUUAAAUCUGGUUUGACAUCCAAGUCAGUGCCACCAUCACCAGAAAAGAUUAUGAACGGCAAAGGAAUUGUAGCUCCAUCAAUAGACAAGAAACACCAAAAUGGCACUAAAAGCAGUAACAAGCCUUACAAAAGACUUUCAGAAAGAGAAUUUGACCCAAAUAAGCACUGUGGAGUACUGGAUCCUGAAACAAAGAAACCUUGCACAAGAUCGCUCACCUGCAAGACUCAUUCACUUAAUCAUCGACGAGCAGUUCCAGGCCGUAAAAAACAGUUUGACAUCCUUCUAGCUGAACACAAAGCUCGAUCCAGGGAAAAAGAAGUCGCAAAAGACAAAGAGCAUCCACCAUCUGCAAGGGAAAGCUAUCAGAGCCAGCCCACACCAGCACAAGACUCUCUGUCAGGAUCCUCAGUGAACUCUGGGCAAGAAUCUAAAGUAACAUCUCCUGCAAAAUCUAGACCACCAAAUUCUGUACUUCCAAGACCUUCAUCUGCAAAUAGCAUAAACAGCAACAGUUCUUCAAACCACAGUGGGUAUGUACCAGAGCUGCCACUGCCUUCCAUGGGAGGAGAUAUCACAAGCAGAUUGUCCAGUGAUGAAGGAGAAGUGGAUGGAGCUGAAGAAUCUGAGAAAUUAGACUGUCAUUUUUCUGGACACCAUCCCAGACCUCUUGGGUUCUGUUCAUACGGCAGUCGCUUAAUGGGAAGAGGGUACUAUGUCUUUGACAGAAGAUGGGACCAUUUUCGAUUCGCACUGAACUCCAUGGUAGAAAAACACUUGAACUCACAGAUGUGGAAGAAAAUUCCUCCUGCGGCAGACAGUCCCAUGCCUUCUCCAGCAGCACAUGUCUCCACUCCUUUUCCAGCAUCAGUCUUACAGCCCUUUAGCAACCCCAGUGCGGUGUAUAUUCCUUCAACACCUAUCAGUUCAAGAAUCACUUCUUCCUACAUAAUGACAUCAGCCAUGUUAUCAAAUGCAGCCUUUGUGACAACGGCAGAGACAAAUUCCAUUAUGUCACACACCACAGCUUUUCCUCACAUGGCUGCAAGCCUAAGUAUCAUGGACUCAACUUUUAAGGCGCCAUCAGCUGUGUCACCAGUGCCAGCAGUCAUCCCUUCCCCAUCCCACAAGCCAUCCAAAACAAAAACCAGCAAAUCCUCAAAAGUGAAAGACCUGUCAUCUCGGAGUGAUGAGUCUUCAAGUAACAAAAAGAAAAAGCCGCAGUCGUCGUCUUCAUCGUCGUCAUCAUCCUCAUUAUCUUUGCAGACAUCUUCCUCAUCUUCAUUUUCAGGGUCCCACAAAAAGAACUGUGUCCUGAACCCCAGUUCAACGUUGAACUCCUAUCAGGCGACAUCCUCCUUUAACAGUGUGUCUGUGCACAAUACCAAUAAUGGAACAAGCCCACUCAGUGCCAAAUCGGAGCCCUCAGGACGGACUUCAUUGUCAAGUAGUUCAACAGACUCAGUGAAACACAUGAGCAUGGUAGUGAGCAGUAUUGACUCUUCUAAUCUGUCUGUAUCUUCUCUCGUGCACCACUCAGGGGACCACUCCCUGGGAGCACAUAAUGCAGUGUCUUCUCUACCCCUUUCUUUUGACAAAUCAGAAGGAAAAAAACGUAAAAACUCUAGUUCUAGUAGCAAAGCCUGUAAAAUCACUAAAAUGCCUGGUAUGAAUAGUGUUCAUAGAAAGAGCACUGCCAACCUUAUUUCUGCGGUGCCAGAUCCUACAAGCAGCUCCAUCUCUCGGCAGAUUGGAAAAAAUAGCAGUGUAGCUUUGUCACAAUCCAGUCCUUCGAGUACAUCAAACCCAGUACACAACAGACAAUGCUUUUAGGUGCCUGAAAGUGUUAACACUUCAAGACCUCAGUAUGCGGUGGUUUUUAAAUACUGAGUAACUAGAUCAUUUUAUUAAGGGAAGGUGACAACGUGUAUGCUGUGUGAGGAUUCCUUGUGCAUGAAAACAUGCUGUGUAGAGGAAAAGAUUCUUCAGAGUUGUCGUCUAAUUGCUGCUCUUUAUUUGUAAUGAUAACCAAGUUAAUGAACAUGAGAUUCACCAAAGCUUACUAAAAUCAGACUGUCCCAAAAGGAAAUAUGCCGUUUAUUCAAAGCAGUUCCUUUUCUUAAAGGUCUAAUGUAGUCAGUAAACAGGGAGGAAAUUUAGUUCAGGGACUUGAAAAAAAUUCCUGCUUUGAGUACUGUCAGCCACAGACAUUAUUGAAGUGUUUUAUACCAAAAGACAUUGUGUGAUUUUGAACCUGGCUCUGGUUUCUCUUUUAGAAGACAUCAAACCGGACUGGUAGAAUAAGGACUCUUCCAUAACAAGGAAAAGGAACCAGCCUAUAAUCUCUAGCUCUCAGCAGCCCUACUCCACAGGGUUUUUCUUUUCUAUGUCCUGCAGAUGGAUUUAAUCUUUUAUGAAUUUGUGGUUUUAAAGAGAAUUAAAUUUACAGAAAACUGUAAUAGUGAUUUGUUUAGUUUUUCCACUUGUAUUUGCCACUGAUCUGUACGUUCUGCUUGGUUAUGUUUCAUGCCUUUUAAAGCUGUUAGCGUUGCAAUGCUCCCUUUGUUUCCUAACCAGAACACAAUGGACAUUCAAAAAAAAAAAAAAAAAAAAAAUCCAGAUCAUGAUUUGAAUUUAUUUAAAAGAUCUCCAAAUUUUUUCAUUAAAUAAAAAUUACAGUAAUUCUGUAUUUAAGCUUGUCCUAUGGAUAAAAAUUGAGUGCAUUUCUUAGUAAUUUGCAAACAGCUGGGGCACUGCAACUUUAGGGACUAAUCCUGAUUGGUGCUCUGUACCUACAGCAUUUAAUAAUUUCAGUGGGAAUUCUGAGUGUUCAGCCUCUUCCAGGAUCAGGCUCUUAAGGAAUCUAUACUUCAAUCAAUGCACAGCAGAAUUUUGCACCAAACUGUAAUUACUGUUAUCAGGGGCCCAAUGUGUAAAAUCCCCAUAUCUUGGGGGAUUUCCAGACCCUUAAGAACACAACACUUGAUAACUUCAGUGAACAGUUUGGGUUUGUGAGAACAGGAGUUGAGCAAAUUGGCUUGCAUUAAUAGAAUUGCACUGACAGUGUUUCUUAUAGGAUUACUGAAUAAUUUUUUAAUAAAAUAUAGAUUUUAUAAUCAGGAAGCCAAUACUAGGUACUGGAACAGUAGUACAGAGGAGUUAAUUUUUAUUUCUACAGUGUUAAAAGUGCACUUAUAUGCUGGUUUAUUUACAUCUUGGGGAAAGGCGAGAGACUGCAAAUAGGGAGAUUAUUACUACUUUCUUUUUUAAAAAAAGAAGGGUUAAGGCAAAUUUUAAGACUAAAAAUGUUUAAGCAAUUAUAAACAAGGCUAGACCCUUUGAAAAAAAGUUUAGAAAUAUUCUUAAAAUAAAUUUUUAUAGUGUUAAUUUUGUAAUAAUUUAUGUUUUGCUAUACUUCAGAGCUAACUGACCGGUAUAGUUUCAGAAACAGUAUGAAACUUAGGAAAGUUUAAGCAAUGUUUAUAUUUUUAAAAUGUUCUUUGAAUUAUGUUUUUAUUGUACAUUUCUUCAGACUGAAAAAUGUGUACAUAUCUUUGUUAUUUUUGCACAAUUUUUGUCUUGUUCAGUUUUAGGAGCAGUACUAUGUUGAUUUUUUUUAAUUUAUUUUGAGUUAUAAAACUGCAGGAUUUUAAAAAUCUCAGUAACAAAGUCAUCCUCUGUAAUCAAUGAACUGCUAUUUCUAGUUGUUGAGGGAAAACAGUGGUUGUGAGAUUCAGUGGUUGCUUCUGAGAAAUAAUGCUAAUCAGUGACUGAAGGAGCAAUUUUGUAGUUUUAGAAAGCUUUAGCUGUUUCCAUGCAUCUUUUAAUUGGAAAGCUGAAUUAUGGAGCCUGUCCUUUGAAUGCUGCUUAAAUUUUAUUUUCAACUGGCUUACACCUGACAGCAUUUCAGGAAAGUUAAGCACGAAGUAAAAUCCCGUGGUGUUCUUUCAUCAUCAAAGAAUCAUUAUUUAAUGAAAUGUACCUGAAAUUUUAGCCUGCAAAAUGAAACGGAAGUAAACUCUCGGAAAAAAGUGGAAACAAACUGGACCAGCCUAUAAUGCAUUCUUAGUGUAGCAUUCACUCGUAGUUCUUUUUCUUCCCCAUUUGCCUGAAAACCUUGUGAUUUGUUUCCAGCAAUAGAGGCUCAGAAGCUUUGGUUGUUACACAUACGCAAUGCAUAGGCCCGUCAGCCAUAAAAAGCGACUUGGAUAACUUGUAUGCCUUCUUUUGUAUCGAUGUAACAAUUGUAAAUAGUGCUGAUCGACCUUUGUAGAGAAUAGUUUAUACAGCAUAUUCUAUUAUUGCUGAUUCUCAGUGAACUAUUGUUUUAAAAAAAAAUAAGAAAAAAAGAAAUUUUUCUAUUUACACCUUAUAUUUUGUUAUGCUGUUGACCCAUGGCACUUUAACAAAACUCUGUGGGUUUUGCAUAGCUGGUCAGUCAUGGGAUAUAUUAAAUAACUGUUGUUGCACAGAAAUGAAUUUGCACCUGCUAUAUUGUGCUUUCCUACUACAGAUUUUAGAACCUUUUCCAGAAGACUUUUGAAGAAAGCAUGUCCAAUCAUUCUAAGAAAAAAAAAAAUGCCAUACUUGUACAGCCAAUUUCUUUUCUACAAUCCAUAUUUUGUAACACUAAGUAUUUUCAUUCUUUGUCCUGCACCUUUAUGUAUUAGCAGUAUCAAAUAGAAUUCAUUCCAUGCUUGUGAUAAUUGUAAGCAGAAUAAAUGUCUAAAGUAGGUGUAAAUAGUAAAUUCUAUGGCUUACAGUUUAAAAAAGGAAAACCAGAACAAACAUGUAUCUGAUUGAUACUGCCAUGGUUCAACACCGGGCCUGGAGAUAUUCUCUAGUGAGCGAUUGUAUUUUUUGUUUUUUGCUUUAUUAUUAUUUUUUUUUUUGUAACAUGGCUUUGUAAAUAAAAUAAUUUAUAUGUUUGUAAGAAA